AUGAGGGUCCCGCCAGCCUGCCUGCUCCUCUGCGCGCUGGUCCUGAGCAACUGCGAGGACAGCCACGAUCUUCACGCCGAAUCGGCUGCGGCAAGCUGUGGCUGUCUGAACGGAGGCACAUGUGUGUCCUACAAGUUCUUCUCCAACAUUCAUCGAUGCAACUGCCCGAAGCGAUUCCAGGGGGAGCACUGUGAGAUAGAUACGUUGGCAACUUGCUACCGGGGAAGAGGUCUGACUUACCGAGGGAAGGCCAACACCGACCACAUGGGCCGGCCUUGCCUGGCCUGGAACUCUGCCAACGUCCUUCAGAAAAUGUACCACGCCCACAGGCCCGAUGCCCUCCGGCUGGGCCUGGGGAAACACAACUACUGCAGGAACCCGAACCACCAGACGAAGCCCUGGUGCUAUGUGCAGGUUGGCCUGAGGCAGCACGUCCAGGAGUGCAUGGUGAACGACUGCUCUUUGCGAAGGAAUCCGCCCGCCAAAGCGGAGUUCCAGUGCGGCCAGAAGGCCCUGCGGCCCCGCUUUAAGAUUGUCGGGGGAGAGCCCACCAGCAUUGAGGACCAGCCCUGGUUCGCCGCCAUCUACAAGAGGCAACGCGGAGGCUCUGUCACCUACAUGUGCGGGGGCAGCCUCAUCAGCCCCUGCUGGGUGGUCAGCGCCACGCACUGCUUCAUUAAUCACCAGCAGAAGCAGGACUACAUUGUCUACCUGGGCCGGUCCAAGCUCAACGCCAACACGCCGGGGGAGAUGAAGUUCCAGGUGCAGACGCUCAUCCUGCACGAGGACUACAGCGCGGACACGCUUGCUCACCACAACGACAUCGCCUUGCUGAAGAUCAUUUCCGACUCGGGCGAGUGUGCACAGCCGUCCCGGUCCAUACAGACCAUCUGCCUGCCCCCGAUAUACGGAGAUGCUCGCACUGGCACAAGCUGUGAGAUCGCCGGCUUCGGAAAAGAGAACAUCUCCGACUAUAUCUAUCCAGAGCAGCUGAUGAAGGCUUCUGUGGAGCUGAUUUCCCACCGGCAGUGUCAGCAGCCCCACUACUAUGGCUCUGAAAUCACCACUACAAUGCUGUGUGCGGCCGACCCCGAGUGGAAGAGAGAUUCUUGCAAGGGAGACUCGGGGGGGCCCCUGGUCUGCCCCACCCAAGACCGCCUGAUUCUGACUGGGAUUGUGAGCUGGGGCAGUGACUGUGCCAUGAAGGACAAGCCGGGUGUCUACACGAGGGUCUCCCGCUACCUGUCCUGGAUCCGCACUCACACCGGGGAGGAAAAUGGCCCAGCUUCCUGA